AUGAAACAUUUAGCAUGGGUGGCAGUUAACCUAGUAAUAGUGAUACUAUUGUUCGAGGUUGUGGUCACAUGCAAUGCACGUGUCGUGCACAGUGCUCGGAAGCUUAGGGUUCUUGCAGCCAAGUACAAUGUUACGUGUAUUCUGGUAUUUGGUGAUUCGAGUGUUGAUCCUGGUAACAACAACAAUCUUCCAAAUACAUGGCACAAAGGAAACUUUCUGCCUUAUGGGAAAGAUUUCGGUCAUUCCAACCCAACCGGAAGGUUCACCAAUGGCAGACUCUCCACAGAUAUGAUUGCUGAGGCUUUAGGUUAUACAAACACAAUCAAAGCUUAUUUGGAUCAAAAUCUGAUGGAUGAGGACUUGUUGCAUGGUGUUAGUUUUGCAUCAGGUGGUUCUGGUUAUGAUGAUUUCACAGCGGAUAAUAUCACUAAUGUUAUGUCUCUUCGAAAACAAUUGGACUACUUUAAGGAGUAUAAGACUCGUUUAGGGAAGCUUGUGGGAGAAGAAUCUUCACAUAGGAUUGUAGAGAAUGCUGUGUUCAUUUUGAGCAUGGGCACAAACGACUUUUUACAAAAUUACUACAUUGAUCCUACUCGAUCCCAGAUGUUUACCAUCGCCCAAUACCAAGGUUUCUUGAUCAAUUGUAUGGAAAGUUACAUGACGGAAAUGCAUUCACUAGGAGUAACCAGAUUGAUGGUUGUCGGGAUGGAGCCAUUCGGAUGUAUGCCUAUGAUAAAGACAUUAACGAAUAAUGUUGAUUGCAACAAGGAAAUGAACCAAGUGGCUCUUUCUUUUAACAUUUUGUUGAAGGCAAAGUUGUUGACCCUCGAAAAAACAUUGCACAUGAGUACUAUUUUUGUUGACAUUUAUGGUGUCAUUCAAAACACCUUACAAAACCCAACAAAAUAUGGUUUUACAGAAUCUAAAAAGGGUUGUUGUGGAGAUGGGUUGACACAAUUUGGGGCAAGCUUAAAGGGAUUGAGUACAUGUACGAAUCGUUCAAAAUACAUUUACUGGGAUGCUGUUCAUUUUACGGAAAACAUGUAUUACAUAAUCGCAGAAGAGUCAGUAAAAUCUCUAAUUGCAAGUCUUUAG